GCCCGGACAUGUUCUCCGUCCAAAACCGGAAUGGAUAAUCGGCGAUAGGUCCGAACUUUGUAAUUGGAGGGGAUUGGUUCUGGUUGGGGUUUCGGUCAAAAAGAAACACUAGCGCUAGAGGACAGCGUCGAGUGGGAAGUCGGCGUGGGCUACCGGAGCCUCCUGUUCAUCAAUUUACCGCUUUCAAUUCCUUCUUCCAGUUCGCCGAAAUCCAAUUUCCCUCCAGUUUGAGGACCAUGCGUCGGUGGUGUGUGUUGGGUUGGUGUUAAAAUCUUAUUUUUGCCACACCAUCGUUAGGGAUUUUGCGGUUUACUUGGCAGGGAUGGACUUGGUUGCUAGUUGCAAGGAUAAGUUGGCUUAUUUUCGAAUAAAAGAGCUCAAGGAUAUUCUCACUCAACUAGGUCUUUCAAAGCAAGGAAAGAAGCAGGACCUUGUUGAGCGGAUACUAGCGAUUCUUUCUGAUGAACAAGUUUCAAAAAUGUGGGCAAAGAAAAGUGCUGUUGGAAAGGAUCAGGUGGCUAAACUAGUUGAUGACACGUAUAGAAAGAUGCAGGUUUCUGGGGCCACGGAUUUAGCUUCUAAGGGUCAAGGUGCCUCAGAUAGUAGUAACGUUCAGGUUAAAGGGGAAACAGAUGAUUCUUUGCAAUUAGAUACAAAGGUUCGGUGUCUUUGUGGAAAUGCUUUACAAACAGAAUCAAUGAUUAAGUGUGAGGAUCCACGAUGUCAUGUGUGGCAGCACAUUAGCUGUGUUGUCAUUCCUGAGAAACCCACGGAAGCCAAUCCACCAUUACCUGACCCCUUCUUUUGUGAGAUCUGUCGACUCACUCGUGCUGACCCUUUUUGGGUUUCAGUUGCACAUCCUCUGUUACCCGUAAAGCUGAUGACUACCUCCACAAACAUUCCAACAGAUGGUACGAAUCCAAUGCAGAGUGUGGAGAGAACAUUUCAACUCACAAGAGCAGAUAAGGACUUGCUUUCUAAACAGGAAUACGAUGUUCAGGCCUGGUGUAUGCUUUUGAAUGAUAAGGUUCCAUUCAGGAUGCAAUGGCCUCAGUAUGCAGAUUUACAAAUUAAUGGUUUGGCUGUUCGUGCAAUUAACAGGCCAGGCUCUCAACUUUUGGGGGCUAAUGGUCGUGAUGAUGGCCCAAUUAUCACACCAUUCACGAAAGAUGGAAUGAAUAAGAUAGCAUUAACUGGAUGUGAUUCCCGUACCUUUUGUUUAGGGGUUCGAAUUGUGAAACGGCGCACUGUUCAACAGAUUCUAAGCAUGAUUCCUAAGGAGUCAGAUGGUGAAUGUUUUCAAGAUGCUCUUGCUCGUGUUUGCCGUUGCAUUGGUGGUGGGAACACUGCAGAUAAUGCUGAUGAUAGUGACAGUGAUUUGGAGGUUGUUGCAGACUUUUUUGGGGUUAAUCUACGUUGCCCUAUGAGUGGUUCAAGGAUGAAGAUUGCUGGACGGUUUAAACCUUGUGCUCACAUGGGCUGCUUUGAUCUUGAAGUGUUUGUAGAAUUGAAUCAACGUUCAAGGAAGUGGCAGUGCCCUAUCUGUCUGAAGAACUAUGCGCUGGAGAAUGUUAUUGUAGAUCCUUAUUUCAACCAUAUUGCAUCUAUGAUGCGACAUUGUGGAGAAGAUGUUACAGAAAUUGAUGUUAAGCCUGACGGGUCCUGGCGUGUGAGGUCAAAAACUGAAAGUGAGCGCAGGGAUCUUGGUGAUCUUUGCCUGUGGCACUCUCCUGAUGGCACUUUGUGUAUUCCUAAUGAGGAAGUUAAACCAAAGAUGGAAGAAGCAUUGAAGCAGAUAAAGCAGGAAGGUGGAUCAGAUCGUGGCCUGAAACUUGGCAUCAGGAAGAAUAGUAAUGGGUUUUGGGAAGUCAGCAGACCUGAAGAUAUCAAUACUUUCACUUCUGGUAGUAGACUACCGGAGAAUUAUGGGAGCCAUGACCAGAAGAUUAUCCCAAUGAGCAGCAGUGCCACUGGCAGCAGAGAUGGUGAAGAUCCAAGUGUAAACCAGGAUGGCUGUGUAAACUUUGAUUUCUCUACCAAUAAUAUUGAGAUGGAUUCUCUGUCCUUGCAUGUUGACUCAGCGUAUGCAUUUACAGAACUAAAUCCUAUUGCUCCAGUAGGUGAAGUCAUUGUUCUAAGUGAUUCAGAUGAAGAAAAUGACAUAGUAGAGGUCGGAACUGUAUAUCAGAGCAACCAUACAGAUGCAGGUGAGGUUCCUUUCUCCAUGCCACCUCCUGGAAUCACAGAUGCAUAUCCUGAAGAUCCAACUCUAUUAUCUACUGAAAAUUCAUGCUUGGGCCUUUUUAAUGCCCAUGAUGAUGAAUUUGGAAUGCCAGUUUGGCAAUUACCUCCUGGAACCCAAGGAGGUGCAGGGUUCCAAUUGUUUGGCACCAAUGCAGAUGUAUCAGAUGCUCUAGUUGACUUGCAGCAUAAUUCCAUGAAUUGUUCCACCAUGAAUGGCUAUGCAGUGAACCCAGAGGCAGCUAUGAGUCCCACUUCUCUCGUUCCAGGUUCUUCAAUUGGUCGUACUGAUGGUGACGGGAAUGACAGCUUGGUUGAUAAUCCCUUGGCUUUUCCUGAUGAUCCAUCUCUGCAAAUAUUUCUUCCUACAAGGCCUUCAGAUGCACCUAUGCAGUCUGAUUUCAGAGAUGAGGCUGAUGUAUCAAAUGGGGUCCAUACUGAAGAUUGGAUCUCUCUCAGGCUAGGGGGUGAUGCAGGUGGUAGCAAUGGGGAGUCCACAACCUCCAAGGGAUUAAAUUCAAGACAGCAUAUUUCAUCAACAGGAGGCGAAAUCAGUUCAUUGGCUGAUACAGCUUCUCUGCUUCUUGGAAUGAAUGAUGUCAGACCUGAGAAAGUAAGUAGGCAAAGAUCAGAUAGUCCUUUCUCCUUCCCUCGCCAGAAAAGAUCUGUCAGACCGCGGCUCUUCCUUUCUAUAGACUCUGAGUCAGAGUAGGCUUCGGACCUUAGGUGACCAAGAAUUAUUGCUGCUCUCAUUAGAAUUUUUCUGGGGAUUGACAAGACCGUACAUAUUCAUUUUGGUCCAUCUCGUCUUCGAAGUGCAUGUUCUAUAUUUUGUGGGUGACACUCAUUGUGCUCGUAAGCAAGGCAUCAUUGCGGAACAAAGCUAGCGAAGGGAAUCUGGCCAGUCGUUUUGGAAAUAGGUUGGUCGGAUGACUUAUGUGCCAGUGCGGGUAGAACUGUACAGAGAGAUGUGGUCACUUGAAUUGGGUAGCCGUCCGUCAUGUAAUACAACAAAAUUUUCCUCUACCAUGAGAGCAAAUAGCUGUAAAUAUCUUUGAUUGAGAUUUAGUUUAUUUAUAGAAAUUAAUUUUACACCACAAAGAAAGUUUCAUGUUUAAUUGGCCUAACCUUUCCAGAUGUGUUUUGGUAAAUUAAUCAGUGGUUGCAACAUUUUCAGUACCCACAACUUCAAAUACAUUCAUCAUGGCCUAUAUAACUCA